CCGUGCUUCAAUUUCUCUAAAUUUUUCUCCCAAAGAUUUCUUCUUAAUUUCUAAUUUUUAUUUCUACUUUUCUUCCCUCUGUUAUCUCCAAACAAUAUGAAAGAUUGCUGACCCAAUCCAUGGCGAGUCAAGCCGAACUCAGAAACAGCUCCCCCAUCCAGCUCAGUGACUCAAGAGCAUUUGAAAGAGCUCCGAGUUUGCUGGUCAAGAUCGUCGGCUGUUAAGGCCAGGGUAAAUUUAAGGUUUUUAUAUCUGUGUCCGUUCAAUUUGUGAAGAUUAUAAGGAGGGUUUAUCUGUUGUUGGAAAAUAAGGGUUCUUUUUGGAGGAUUUGUGAUGGAUGAGGAAACGUCUGAUACGAUGAACCUUGAUUUGAAUCUGGGUCCGGCCCCUGAGACCGGGUCCGGAUCACUGUCGAAUGAAGUUGUAAAUUUCGAUGGUUUAGUUGAUAACCCGUUCAAUAGGAUCCGGGAAGUGGUUAGGCGGAGGCGAUGGAGAUGGCAUCAGGUUCCGAUUCCUGCCGAGGCUCAGAGCCUCUCGGUGGAAUUCGAUCAAUUUAGGGGGAAUUCUGGCGGUGUGAAUACGAUGCAGGCAGGUGAGGGCAGCGUGGCCGCUGAGGAAAGAACGAUUGAUGUGCUGAAAGCAUGUGAAGCCACCCAUGGGUUUUUGGAGGAUGGGAUUUCAGAAGAUAGGAAGGAGGAUAUUGAGAAGGGUGUUAGCAAUGAUGGGAGUUUUUUCGAUUGUAAUGUAUGCUUCGAUUUGGCUCGGGAACCUGUUGUAACCUGUUGCGGUCACUUGUUUUGUUGGUCGUGCCUCUACCGAUGGUUGCAUGUGCACUCCGAUGCAAAUGAGUGCCCAGUCUGCAAAGGAGAGGUGACGGUUAAAACGCUGACCCCGAUAUUUGGUCGUGGGAAUGUUAUCCAGGAGCCAGAAGAGGACUCUGGUUUUAAGAUCCCUCCUCGCCCCAACGGGCGGCGAGUGGAAAGUUGGAGGCAAACUAUUCAACGGACUUCUCUAAAUGUACCUGUGGAGGAGAUGAUUCGCCGGAUCGGAAGCAGAUUUGAUCUGGUUCGUGACCUGACUUCACCACGGGAGGCCAAUGGUUCCAGGGGAAAUGCUGAAAGAACUGAUUCCAUGCUUAACCGAAUUUCGACAUCUCGAGAAUUCCGAGGAGAGCAAAAUGCAGUUGUGCCACUUGAUGAUGUUGACCCGACACCGAGCAUUACACCCGGUACCGAUAUUACGUCGUCUUCCAGGCUUCAUUCUUUGUAUCUUCAACGACAAUCAUACCUGCGAAGAGCUGCAAGAUUGACUUCUCUGUUAUCCACGGUGAGUUCAACGGAAAGGAUGGUGGAUGCAUAUUUCCGAGGCAACUCGGUGGGAAGAAAUCAGGAGCAGCCGCCAGCGGUUGUCGAUGAUAGAGACUCGUUCUCAAGCAUUGCUGCUGUGAUAAACUCGGAGAGUCAAAUGGACACCGCCGUCGAGAUAGAUUCCGUGGUAUCACUUUCAGCUUCGUCUUCUAGGAGAAGGAACGACGUUUUGCUGGUUUCCGAUGUCGACAGCGGCGACUCUCGUGCGCAGAGGAGAAGACGCCUGAACUAGGAGCUAGAAAGAUUUGAGAUCACAGCUGAGUCUCCCAUAAUAGUGUUCUUUUUAACUGCGUUUCCAUUUUUAUAUUGCUUAUUUCUCAAACAUAUAUGGAUUGAAAUGUUAUCAUCCUUUCCU